UGCGCGUUCGAGCGAUGCUGCUGCGGGGCUUGUCCGGGGCGAGUAGCCUGGGGCGGGGGCUCGGGCCGGGGCUUCGGGGCUCGACCUCUCCCCGCGCGGCCGCGUGCUCCCCCGCAGUGGGGGCAGGAGGACCCUGGGGGCGGGCGGCUGCGCGGGCCCUGCCCCUGCCCGGUGACGCGAUCUGCCCUGACGGCCCCGGGGGCGCGCCGGCUCUCCAGCUGGGACUGGUGCCAGAGGCUUCCCCGGGGCUGCAGCCUUCUUCACGGGCAUGACGGCCCCAGAGAGUUCCGGAGGGAUCACAGGCAGGUGUGCUCCCCGGCAGGUGCAGCGGGCACCAUGAAGACAGAGCCUGCCCCCGAGCAGCCCAGGUCCUCCCUGCCCGGCGGGGGCUCCCCUGAACCCCCGUGCCACCUGCCACUGGAGCUCCAGCCCCCCACGAACUGCUGCAUGAGCGGCUGUCCCAACUGCGUGUGGGUGGAGUACGCGGAGGCCCUUCUGGGGCACUUCCAGGACGGCGGAGAGCAUGCCCUGGCCGCCCUGGAGGCGCACGUGGCCGACGAGAACCUCAAGGCCUUCCUCAGGAUGGAGAUCCAGCUCCGUGCAAAGAGGGGGUGCUGAGCCAGCCCGGCAGGGACACCCCCACCCCCACCCCGGACAGGGUGCCCAGCCCGGCAGCUCCUUCUUGGGAAGCAGCAUCGGCCCUCAAGAUCCACAUCACUUCUAUGGGGUUUAAUGGGGGGACAGGAAAUCAAGGACUUAUUUAUUGAUCUGAGAAUAAACACAUUCCCCACAGUGGCUAAACAGGA